CGCAUUUCUUCCAAUAGAUGCGCUUACCGGAAUAACACGUGGCUCCGUCUAGGAAACGAUAUUCACCAACCUUUACGCUGCCGUUCGCUUCACGAUGGCAGAUACAAAAGUGCAAACUCCAGAGAAAAAGGCUGAACCUGCUGCGGCCAAAAAGGACGCAAAAAGCAAGGGAAAGCCUUCAAGAGGAAAACCAAGAAAUUAUGAUUUAGGAAAUGGUGUUUAUAGAUUCAGUCGUACACGUAUGUACCACAAAAAGGCAAUCUAUAAAUUCCUGGGUAAGAAGAGUGCGAAAAAGCCCAAGCCAUCGACACCAUUGACUAUCGAAAAGAAGAUUGGCGGUGAUAAAAAUGGAGAGAAACGUAUCGUACUUUUGAAGAAGAGGCGUGCAAGCUAUCCUACUGCUGACCCAGUUACUGUGCACCAUUCUAAAAAAUGUUUCCAUGAACAUCGUCGUUAUUUACGGCCUACUUUGACUCCUGGAACAGUCUGCAUUCUGUUAGCUGGACUUCACAAAGGAAAAAGAGUUGUCUUCUUAAAACAACUGAAGAGUUGGUUACAGACAAACUUAAUUAUAAUUUAUAAUUGUUAACAAACAGGACCAUUCCUGAUCAAUGCCUGCCCCUUGCGAAGAGUCAGCCAGAAUUAUGUGAUUGCCACCUCUACAAAGUUGGAUUUCUCUGGCAUUCAAUUACCCAAGCGUAUAAAUGAUGAUUACUUCAAGAGGAAACGUGACAAGCGUGCCAAGAAAGAGGAGGGUGAUAUUUUCAGCAAAAAGAAGGAGGAGUACAAACCAAGCGAUCAGAGGAAAGCUGAUCAGAAAAUAGUUGACAAGCUAGUGAUUGAUGCCAUCAAGAAGCACCCAGAUAAAAAAUUGUUGUUUACUUAUCUGUCAGCAAUGUUUGGUUUGCGAAGCAGUCAGUAUCCACACCGAAUGAAAUUUUAAUUCACUGCUUUGAAUUUUUCAAAGAA